AUGUCCACGUGUGUCUUUCUAAGUGUGAUAUGUCUUCCUACAGAUGACAUGGACGCCAUCUCUGUCAGGCAGUUCAUCAAACACAUCAUGGAGCUCUACUCCAACAACUUGCACGGGUUCUCUGAGGAGUUUGAGGUAGGAAGAAACACAAUACGUUUUUCUCUCUCAGCCUUUCUCCUGUUGUUGAGGGGGAGUGUGUGUCUGUGAGUCUAUGGUAUUCUCAUUCUGGUUUAUGUUGUCUGUUAAUGUGUAGGUGUGUACAUUACUGCCUAUGUCUGUGUAAACACUAUGAAAUGUGUACAGGGCAUGUGCAGUAUAUAUACUGAACAAAAAUAUAAAUGCAACAUGCAACAAUUUCAAUAGUUUUACUGAGUUACAGUUCAUAUAAGGAAAUCAGUCAAUUGAAAUAAAUUCAUUAGGCCCUAAUCUAUGGAUUUCACAUGACUGGGCCGGGGCUCAGCCAUGGGUGGACCUGGGAACGCAUAGGCCCACCCACUAGGGAGCAAGGCUCACCCACUGGGGAGCCAGGCCCAGCCAAUCAGAGCGAGUUCUUCCCCACAAAAGGGCUUUCCGGGUGGCUGUUCUCAGACGAUCCCACAGGUGAAGAAGCCGGAUAUGGAGCUCCUGGGCUGGCGUGGUUACACGUGGUCUGCGAUUGUGAGGCCUGAUGGACGUACUGCCAAAUUCUCUAAAACGACAUUGGAGGCAGCUUAUGAUAGAGAAAUUAACAUUCAAUUCUCUGGCAACAGCACCUUCAUAGGGCGCUCCUCUGCAGCACGCGCACCUGGCAUGGGCCCUGUCCUAGUGCACUGCAGGUAUUUUUAUUUUUUACAUUUUUAGUCAUUUAGCAGACGCUCUUAUCCAGAGUGCAUACAUUAUUUUUUGUAUUUUUUUUUUCUUACUGGCCCCCCGUGGGAAUCAAACCCACAACCCUGGCGUUGCAAACGCCAUGCUCUACCAACUGAGCUACAUCCCUGCCGGCCAUUCCCUCCCCUACCCUGGACGACGCUGGGCCAAUUGUGCGCCGCCCCAUGGGUCUCCCGGUCGCGGCCGGCUACGACAGAGCCUGGAUUCAAACCAGGAUAUCUAGUGGCACAGCUAGCACUGCGAUGCAGUGCCUUAGACCACUGCGCCACUCGGGAGAUACAAUAGCUCUCUAGAAAAAUAUUGUUCUCUAAACAUGGAUUCCGCCCAUGUUUACUGCAGAGAGGGCGAGGUUCUAUCCUAGUGCACAAAAUCAUCUUCUUCAUUAUAAGAAGUUAUCAGAAACACCACUAGUUUCAUUGAAGUCUUGUCUAAUCAGUAAUACAGAUCCUGCUAUGGGUCUUCUGUGGUAGUUAGUAGGUAACGUGUUUUGGUUGUUUAGUGCUGGUGUCGGAUGGACGGGGACGUAAAGCAACAGCUCUGGUGGUCAUUCCUGCAGUCAUCAUGCCAAUUGCACGCUCCCUCAAAACUUUAGACAUCUCUGGCAUUGUGUUGUGUGACAAAACUGCAUAUUCUAGAGUGGCCUUUUAUUGUGCCCAGCACAAGGUGCACCUGUGUAAUGAUAAUGCUGUUUAAUCAGAUUAUUGAUAUGCCACACCUGUCAGGUGGAUGGAUUAUCUUGGAAAAAGAGAAAUGCUCACUAACAGGGAGGUAAACAAAUGUGUGCACAAAAUUUGAGAGAAAUAAGCUUUUUGCGCAUAUGGAACAUUUCUGGGAUCUUUUAUUUCACCUCAUGAAACAUGGGACCACCACUUUACAUGUUGUGUUUAUAUUUUUGUUCAGUAUAUUUAUGCUGAAAGAAGUGUGUGUUGUGGAGCAGAUGGGUGAGUGUGAAGCAGGUUAAUUAACAGAGGUCUAGUUGCUGGUUGGCUGGACAGGAACACUGUCUCUGUGACCAGGUUGAGGCACAAGGCUAAUAUCUCCCCAGAGGGAACACAAUGCACACAGACACACAGAAACACACAGGUGGGUGCAGGUGAACAUACAUUAUUCAUACUAUGUCAAUCAAACAGAGAACAGACAUACAGCCGCAACACUAGGCUAGCUGUCCCAGAUGUGUGGGUACACACACAGAACACACACAGAACACACACAACUAUACAAACCCGUAUGAUAAUGAUCAUGUUUCUAAUGGAAUUCAAACAAAUCAAUAUUAACUGAACAGAUAAUUUGCUGUUUGAAAAAUAAAUAGUUUUCUCCCCCUCUUGACCUCUCUCUCCCUAGGAGGUCCAGCGCUGUACGGUGGACCUUAAGAUCACUGCAGAACAUUCUAAUCACCCUGACAACAAGCACAAAAACAGAUACAUCAACAUUGUGGCCUGUAAGUCCAACAUGCUGCACACUCAAAACAACAUUGACAGCCUGUUAUAUUCAUGUGUGACGUUAAAAAGGCAAUGCAGAAUGAGACUAAUAUUCCUUUCAUCUAUCUCCCAGACGAUCACAGUAGGGUGAAGUUACGACCCCUGGCUGGCAAGGAUGCUAAACACAGUGACUACAUGAACGCUAACUAUGUAGAUGUAGGUCAACCAACUGCUUUAGAUGUAUUUAGUACCUAUUCUGUCUGUCUUUAUAUAUGCUCUGGUAAUCACCUUAUGUGUACUUGCGCUCUGUGUGAGUGUACCGCUGUCACUGACCCCCUCGUCUCCUCCCAACAGGGUUACAACCAUCCCAAGGCCUACAUCGCUGCCCAGGGCCCUCUCAAGUCCACUUUCGAGGACUUCUGGAGGAUGGUAUGGGAGCAGAACACUGGUGUCAUCGUCAUGAUCACAAACCUGGUAGAGAAAGGAAGGGUAGGUGGUCUCUCUCUGCCAUUUAGUGUUGGACUGUAGGAGUUACUGUUGUGUUUCAGUAUGGAUGAUAUACAGCUGGCUUUAUAAAGAGCAUAUCAUAUUGUUGUUUGACAGAGAAGAUAAGAUUAAUAAUGUUGCCUUUCACAGAUGGAAUUAGAUUAAUACUGUUAUCUUUUUCAGAGAAAAUGAGAUGAAUACUGUUGUCUUUCACAGAGGAAAUGUGACCAAUACUGGCCCACAGAGAGCAGUGAGGAGUAUGGCAACAUCGUGGUUACUCUGAAGAGUACUAAAGUUCACGCCUGCUACACACUGAGACAAUUCCUCAUACGGAACACCAAAGUCAAAAAGGUAUGUCCCAAUGCUUCUACAAUACUUCUACAGUACUACUGAGAUGUUUGUGCAUAGUGCUCUUCCCUUGUGUUGGGGACACCUCCGCUUAGGGCUGGUUUCCCCAGACACAGAUUAAGCCUAGUCCAGGCUAAAAACACUAAGAAUCAUGUUCAAUAGAGAUCCUCCAUUGACAUAGUUUUUUUGGACUAGGCCUAAGGAAAUUGGCCCUUUAGCCAGCAGGUCUUCCCUUGUACGACAGCCUUCAAUUUUUGCAUCUGCCAAGUGGACAUACUACUUCCAGUUCAUUCUUAAAUGUCAUCCAUGUUGUUUCAGGGUCAGAAGGGCAACCCGAAGGGGCGUCAGAACGAGCGGAUGGUGAUCCAGUAUCACUACACCCAGUGGCCUGACAUGGGCGUGCCGGAGUACACCCUACCUGUCCUCACUUUCAUAGGGCGCUCCUCUGCAGCACGCGCACCUGGCAUGGGCCCUGUCCUAGUGCACUGCAGGUACAAUAGCUCUCUAGAAAAAUAAUGUUCUCUAAACAUGGAUUCCGCCCAUGUUUACUGCAGAGAGGGCGAGGUCUAUCCUAGUGCAUCUUCCUCAUUAUAAGAAGUUAUCAGAAACACCACUAGUUUCAUUGAAGUCUUGUCUACAAUCAGUAAGACAGCUCCUUCUAUGGGUCUCCUGUGGUAGUUAGUAAAUAAUGUGUUUUGGUUGUGUAGUGCUGGUGUCGGGCGGACAGGAACGUACAUCGUCAUCGACAGCAUGCUGCAGCAGAUCAAAGACAAGAGCACAGUCGACGUCUGGGGCUUUCUCAAACACAUCCGCACACAACGCAACUACCUGGUCCAGACAGAGGUAACGUAUGUGUGUGUGACAAAUGACACCUCCGAUAUACCUACAAGUGCAUACAGCUACAGUAACUGCCAAAGAGAUUCACCAAUGUAAUCUCCUACGAAAUGUUACGCUAGCUAGAGAGAUCUUCUCCAUAAGCUCAGUGUCCUCUCCAGUCUAAUUCCUCCUCUGCCCUUCCCCUGGACUAUAGGAGCAGUAUGUGUUCAUCCAUGAUGCCCUGAUGGAGGCCAUCCUGGGCAGUGAGACAGAGGUACCUGCCUGGCAGCUCCAUGGUUACGUCAACAGCAUCCUGACCCCCGGCCUGGGGGGCCGCACACGCCUCGACAAGCAGUUCAGGGUAUGAUGAACCCCAGCCUCCUUUGGUGUAACAUAGUGUAGUACAUACUGUAUGUCUUACAAACUAUAAAGAAUAGAGCCUUUUAGUUGAAGGGCUACAGUGUACUGAACACUGUAAUACAUGUCACAUACACAUUUAAUAAACAUCAGGUAAACAUUAAACCCAUUCACGUGAGAUUUUUCUAUCUCACACCACAGUCUUGCUUCCUCUGUCUCUCCAGCUGCUAACCCAGUGUAACGGUAGCUUCGUGGAGUGUUUCAGUGCCCAGAAAGACUGCAACAAGGAGAAGAACCGCAACUCCUCAGUAGUUCCAUGUGAGGACAGUAUUUCUAUAGAUACUAUUCUAGGCUACAUUAUCAAUUUCUCUGUCAAUUCCCCACCAUCUACUGCAGUGAGUGAGAUAAGAUGAGGUUUCAUGCUUUGCCAGUUCGCCCCGAGACAUUAUAGAAAGAGUUUGAGUUUAUUUACCCGGCCAUCUUAUUAUGCCAUAGGGAAAGUGCUGUAGUUGCAACAGUUAUGUGCAUUCUUAUCUAGUACUGUAUCAUGGCACCCUAAGGCCAGGGAUGUGAUUGAAUGUGUUUUGUAUCCCGCUCUAGCGGAACGAGCUCGCGUAGGACUGGCCCCGCUCCCUGGGAUGAAAGGCACAGACUAUAUCAAUGCCUCCUACAUAAUGGUAUGAUACUGCAAUACCCCUCCCCCCAAACACACCACCCAACGCUCACCACACACACUCUGUCUAAUGAUAUCUUCUGUUCCCUUGAUGAUUAUAAUUACCCUGCAUUUCAAACUGUUAUUGUGUGAAGCCUCUUACUGAAUAAUAGUCAAUAAUUUAUUAUAAGGAAUAAUUAAUACUGAGACAUUGAGGCAAAGGCCUGUACACAGUAAUCCUCACGAUCAGACCGUAACCUUUCAAACUCAUUUAGAUCAAACGUAAAACCUAACAGAUACAAUAAAUUCCUUCUGAUGUUUAGACACCGUAAAAGUAAUUGGGCAAUAAUGUUAUAGUAGAUUUUGUGAGUUGUUGACUAUGUAUGAGUACUUACAUAUUGAUCUUCAACCUUGGGCCACACAGGGUUACUACAGGAGUAAUGAGUUCAUCAUUACCCAGCAUCCUUUGCCCCACACCACCACAGACUUCUGGAGAAUGAUCUGGGACCACAAUGCCCAAAUCAUCGUCAUGCUUGCAGACAACCAUGGUUUGGUGAGUAGAGUAGCUGGCCAGAAGGUUAUAACAUGAGUCUCUUAUCCUUUUUAUCCUACUAUAAUCAAGUAGAGCUCUACUGUUCUCGCCUGGUUACACACAUAUCAUUACACACAUCUAACCUUUAUGUCUGUCGUAUGUGUAUCUAGGCUGAGGAUGAGUUUGUGUACUGGCCAAGCAGAGAGGAGGCGAUGAACUGCCUAGCUUUCACCGUCACCCUGAUCAGCAAGGACAGACUGUGUCUCUCAAAUGAAGAACAGAUCAUCAUCCACGACUUCAUCCUGGAGGCCACGCAGGUACGAUAACCCUUCACUUUUGACCUUUCACCCUUCACAAGUAAACUCACCUCUCACCUGUGUGAGUGUAUAAAACCCUAUCAGACCCUGUCAUACCUGUAAACAGAUGGCAGGGCCAUGUGUGUCCCAGAGUGAUCCUUCAAGCUGGAUAGGACCAGUGGGACUGGAGCCUGGUUGAGCCCAUCCAUUUUCAGAUUUGCUCUAGCUAUCCAAACUAAUGGGAAUAAUAAACUUCUCCUAAAUGUAUUAAAACAGUACAGUACUAGAGUCCAGUACCGUAGUAUUUGAAUACAUUUAGAGGUUUAUUAUUCCCAUUAAUACAAACUAAGUGUCAUCAGAUGGGCUUUAGCUAAACUACAGUGCUGGCCUGUAGUAGCGGUACUGUAUUGUCAAUGUCCUAGUUGUCUGUCUGUAAUAUCUCUCCCUCUAACAGGAUGACUAUGUCCUGGAGGUGAGACAUUUCCAGUGCCCUAAAUGGCCCAACCCUGACGCCCCUCUCAGCAGCACCUUCGAGCUCAUCAACGUCAUCAAAGAGGAGGCUAUGACCCGAGACGGACCCACCAUUAUACACGAUGAGUAAGUGUGUGUGUGUGUAUGCAUGCGUUGGUAUAUCAGGAGUAUCUAUGUGUGUUAACGUGUCCCUCCAUGUCUCUGGUAGGUUUGGGGCAGUGUCUGCAGGGACUCUGUGUGCCCUCGCCACCUUGUCUCAGCAGCUGGAGAGUGAAGGGGCUGUGGAUGUCUAUCAGGUGGCUAAGAUGAUCAACCUCAUGAGGCCGGGAGUCUUCACAGACAUAGUGAGUUCACCCAUGACCCAGUCAGGAGGAUUGGUGCUGUCAGGCUUCAUUAAUCGCCAAUAAGCAAUAACUUCUUUAACUUCAGCAAAAUCUCCAGUCAGUCAUAGGAACAAAUAUCACUUGGUGGUUGUCAAUGCUCAUUCUGACAUGUCAACAAUCUUAGAAUAGACCUAGAAGUAACAUUUGAAGUCGUAACAUUUGUCAGUAAUUUACAGUAGUGUUAACCCGUCUCUAUGUCUUCCUCUCUCCCUGUGUGUCUGUCUCUCCAGGAGCAGUACCAGUACCUGUACAAGGCCAUGCUGAGCCUGGUGAGCAGCAGAGACAGUGGGAUGAGCCCCAUCUACAUGGACACUAACGGAGUGGUGGUCAUCAUGGACCAAUCAGGUCCUGCUGAGAGCAUGGAGUCGCUGGUCUGA